AUGACAACACCACGAAAAUAUGCUGUUCUUGGUUCAACGGGCAACUGUGGCACAGCACUUAUCAACAACUUGCUACGGGAAUCUAAUGUCCAAGUCAACGCCUACUGUCGCAGUCGGGCCAAGCUCCUUGGCUUGUUCCCCGAUCUUAAAGACGGAGGCCAGAUAGGUAUUUUUGAAGGCAGCAUUCACGAUGUCGAGCUCCUGGCGUCUUGUAUUCGCGGCUGCCGCACCGUUUUCCUUGUUGUUUCAACAAACGAUAACAUUCCUGGCUGCAGCCUGGCAAAAGACACCGCUCUAUCCGUCAUCGAGGCGCUGCAGAGAAUUAGAGAAGUUGCUAAGCAUAACGGACGGACGGAGUCGCUGCCAAAGCUUAUCCUUCUUUCAUCCGCCACUAUCGACGACCAGUUUUCUCGCCACGUGCCAUAUGUGCUGCGACAAAUUCUGUAUCGCUCCGCAUCUUAUGUUUACAAGGAUUUGAUCGAGACUGAAGAGCUUCUCAAGCAGCAGGAAGACUGGCUUACGUCGAUUUACUUCAAACCAGGAGCUUUGUCUAUUGAUGUGCAACGCGGCCACGCCAUCAGUCUCACGGACGAAACUAGCCCCUUGUCCUACCUUGACUUGGCGGCUGCGAUGAUUGAGGCCGCUGAUGAUAAUAGGGGGAUGUACAGUAAUAAGAGUGUGAGCGUUGUGAAUACGAAUGGGAAUGCAAAGUUUCCCAGUGGAACGAUAUGGUGUAUUUUCAUGGGAUUGAUCAGGCACACGUUUCCUUUUCUGCAUCCGUAUCUUCCUGUUGGCACUGGACCAAAAUAA